GUGAACAUUUUGAGGCAAUUAUACAUUUAAGUUCAUUUCCUCCUCUCCUCUCUCUUCAUUUUAUUUUUCUUCCAUCUGCUAGGAAAAUGUCUGUCAGCGUUGAGGGCUCUGCCUUUGGGGCACUAUUUGAAGAAAAAAAUGUCCAUUCUGAAGACAGCAACGAGCUUGUGUUGCAUGGUGCAUUUCCAUUGGCUAAACAUGAGAGACAGAAUGGAUUUAAUGCCACAGACAUGAAUGCAUUUGGAAACUCCUUCAGGAACUAUGAUGCAGAAAGUGAAAGGCAAAGAAUGGUGGAGGAAUUAUAUAGGAUGCAACACAUCAACCAGACAUAUGACUAUGGGAAGAGAAUGAGGGAGGAGUAUGGGAAAUUGGACAAAUUAGAAAUGGGUAUAUGGGAGUGUUGUGAGCUGCUCAAUGAAGUGACGGAUGAUAGCGAUCCUGAUUUGGAUGAACCACAAAUACAACAUUUGUUGCAGUCCGCUGAAGCCAUUAGAAAAGACUAUCCUAAUGAAGAUUGGUUACAUUUAACUGCUCUUAUUCAUGAUCUUGGAAAGAUCCUUAUGCUUCCAAGCUUUGGUGGCCUUCCUCAAUGGUCUGUUGUUGGAGAUACAUUUCCCCUCGGAUGUGCUUUUGAUGAGUCAAAUGUUCACCACAAGCAUUUCAAGGACAAUCCGGAUAACACAAAUCCUACUUAUAACACGAAAAAUGGAAUCUACAAAGAAGGAAUUGGACUAGACAAUGUUGUGAUGUCAUGGGGACAUGAUGAGUAUAUGUAUUUGGUUGCAAAGGAAAACGGCACCACUUUGCCUCCAGUAGCAUUGUUCAUUAUCAAAUACCAUUCUUUUUACGCUUUACAUAGGGCAGGAGCAUAUACACAUUUGAUGAAUGAAGAAGAUAUUGAGAAUUUGAAGUGGCUCAAAAUAUUUAGCAAAUAUGACCUCUACAGCAAGAGUAAAGUUCUAGUAGACAUAGAAAAAGUUAAGCCAUACUAUAUGUCGCUCAUCGAGAAGUAUUUCCCAGCAAAGCUUAGGUGGUGAAACUCAAAGACAUACACAUCGAUAUGGAAUCAAAGUCAUGGGCAAGCUAAGGAUUUAAGUUUAUACUUAUGAAUUAUGAUCGUUAUGCCGAACGUUUAAGGAAUUGUUUUUUUCUUUUAUCAGAUUGAAGUUGUUGCCUAACUUUAAAUUAUUCUUAUUAAGCUGUACCGAACGUUUACCGUACUAGAAGUUGAUGUAUUUACGGUUUGGUUGUUCUACAUUUAUUAGCAUCUUCAUGCCCGUAAUCUUACUUGGGUAGGGACAUGUAUUUUAGCUUUCUACUGUUUUGGCCAUUCCUGAAUGAAUGUUAUGUGCCCAUUUUAUGC